UGACCCCUCACCCUUCCGCUGGCCGGGGACCCCAGAGGAGGUGGCAGGGCCUGCAAAGGUCGCACCUUGCUCUGCAAAUCUGCAUGCAAUUAGAACGCCUUGAACCGUGGUGCUGACUCGUUAAUGGGCAGUGUCUGCGUCAGAUGCUGCAUCCGGCAUUCAUGGGGGAGGUCGUUAAGGCACUUUUGAGUGGCGCUUUCCCGAGCUGAUGACUCUUUUAUUUAUGUCGAAGCCUUCAGCCUUUCUCCAUGAAAACCGUGCCCCGCACAGGUGCCGUCGGGGGAUGGAUCCGUCUGCCAUACAGGGCAGCCGAUGGAUCAUGUGCUGCAGCUUUGGGACUCCUUCUUGGCUUGUCUUUUGAGCUUAAAUACAAUUUAAAGCCUGGCAGAUGGUUCCUGGUUCAGACAAGCCCCUGAGACGUCCCCGAGCUGAUUCUUGCCUGUGUAGAUAUUGCUGUUUCUUGGUUUUAUAGCUUGUGCAGGCUUGGCUGGAUGAAUUCGGUACUCUAAAGCCAUCUUCCCCUGUCCAAAAUCCCUUCUACUGGCCAGGUGGCAUGGGGGAGUCUCUGAAAUGAAGUGCUUUCUACCUGAGAGGAGCCAUCCGCACAGUUGCCCGCUGCCCACGUGAUCCCUGUAGUUUAAGAUGAUUGGGGAACAACGAGUGCGACUGGGAAAAGCAGCUGGUUUGAGUCUGGCCUUGGGGUUGAAGGCACUGGAUGCAGCUCCAAGGGACUGGUGCACACUGCCUCAGUUUCCCACCUGCACGUGCGAAUGGUGCAGCCUUUAUCUCAUCUCUUUGUUGAUCCGGAUGGGGAGACUCACCCCACGUAUCUAGAUCAUGUCUAGCUCCAUUCGAACGCUGUUUUCUGAGAUCUCUGCCAACACAUUCAUACAAGGACCUAGCAAUAGGGUGUGGGUCCUCAGGGCUCAUAGGAAAGAAGAAGCAGCUUGUAAUGCACUGAGUACUGCUGAAACUAUGUUCAGUGCAGGCCACAUUGGAUCUUCCAGCUAGGGUUGCCUUGAUGGGAACCACUUCAAAGCUGAGUGCAAGUUUCCUUGUCCACAAUUAGCAUUUCCUGUUCUGGCCUGGUGCAGGGGGCUGGACCCGAUGAUCAUCCAAGGUCUCUUCCAGCCUUGCAAUCUAUGAAUAAGAUGCAGGGAAAAUUGAGGUCCUUUUAGUUUUUAUAAGUCUGGAAGACAUUUUAGUUUGCUUCUAGGUUUCUUACCUUUCUAGUUAGGAUAAGCGAAAGGGGACUUGCUCUCUUUUGAGUCCCUGAAAAGAAACGACAUCUCUUACUAUACACAGUGCAAGACUUGAAUGACUUGUAUCAUGACAUAUCACACGGAGAGGGAAAUCCGUUGACAAAGAUUGCAUGUUUACUGUUUCUUCACCAAAGACCGUGGCUUAGCCUGGGGGAAUAUUUUUAGUCGAAGGCAUUCCCAUGCGUCUGAAUCCUGUUCUCUGGUUAAUCAGCGUUGGGGGACUGUUCUGAUUGAAUUACUUUCUACUGGAUUAAAUGAAAUGAGUUUCAUCAGCUGGAAUGGGAGGAGUGGGGGGAUUUCUAAAUGCGCUCGAUGGCAGGAAGAGACUUCAGUGUUGGACGCAAGUGCCGGCUAAUGCUUGAUUGGAACUUCUCUGAAGUGUCGAGUGUGUCGUUGGCACACAAGCUGGUUUUGCAAUGCUUUUGAGCUGCCUGAAUAUCUUGGCAUGCUUUCAAGCCACACAAUCUAAUGUAGAUUCGAUACCGGUGCCAAAGGUGGAGAGGGGGCAGGCUUAGCAGUGCCCGCAGUGCGGUGGGAAGAAGCGCUGCUUCUGGUUGGAGUUGAGCUCCAGGUUCGGGAGAGCUCCUGAGUUGGAAAGCAUUGGAAGGAGAGUCCUGAGCCUGGGGCCCACUCCACGGGAUCGAACGCCUUUCCUGCCCCGGGGGAGAUGAUUUUCACGAAGAGCCGCGAUUGCGGGGCGCCGUGAGCCCCCGAGGAGCCAGCGGGACCUUCCCUGCCUGCUCAGACACCGGCUCUGCGUCCACGUGGCCGCCAUCGUGGCCCCCCGAGGAGGAUGAGAAGACACGUGGCCCAUCUCCUGCUGGCCCUGUCUGCUGCCGUGGCCGUGGGCUACCCCUCUCGGCGCUCCGCCCCGGACUUGGACGCCACGCCGAGGCUGACCAUCACCUACAAAGAGCUCUCCCAUGUCCAGCGCUUCGGCGCCGGUGCCCACAACUACACCACGCUGCUGCUGGAGGACGAACGGGGCAUCCUCUACGUGGGCGCCCGCGGUGCCAUCUUCGCCCUCAACGCCAGUGCCAUCAGCGACGGCUCGCACCGCACGAUCCAGUGGGAAGCGUCCCUGGAGAAACAAGCCGACUGCCUCAAGAAGGGCAAGAACAACAAGACCGAGUGCUUCAACCACGUGCGGUUCCUGCAGCGGCUGAACGGCACCCACCUGUACGCCUGCGGCACGUACGCCUUCCACCCGCUCUGCGCCGCCAUCCACGCCGACCGGUUUGUGCUGCCGGGCCUCUUGGAGGAGGGCAAGGAGAAGUGCCCGUAUGACCCUGCCCGCGGCUACACUGGCCUCAUCGUGGACGGUGGGCUCUACACAGCCACGCGCUACGAGUUUCGCAGCCUGCCCGAUGUCCGCCGCAACCUCCACCAGCGCCCGCUCAAGACCGAGGAGUCCCCCUUGCACUGGCUGGACGAUGCUGAGUUCGUGUCCUCGGCGCUGGUGCGGGAGAGCGAGCGCAGCCCCGUGGGCGACGACGACAAGAUCUACUUCUUCUUCACGGAGCGGGCGGGCGAGGAGGGCGCCGCGCUCUUCGGCAAGGGCCAGGCCGCCCGCGUCGCCCGGGUGGCUCGGGUGUGCAAGGGGGACGCGGGCGGCCAGAAGAUCCUCCAGCGCAAGUGGACCACGUUCCUGAAGGCGCGGCUGGCCUGCUACGUGCCCUACUACGAGCUCCUGCAGAGCGUCUGCAGCCUGGACGGCGGCGCCUGGCCCAACACCGUCUUCUACGCCGCCUUCACGCUGGUGCCGCAAUGGCGCAGCAUGGAGGUGUCGGCCGUGUGCCGCUACGACCUCUCGGCGCUGCAGCGAGCCUUCGACGGGCCCUACAUGGAGUACCAGGACGCCGCCCGCAAGUGGGCCCGCUACGAGGGAGAGGUGCCCGAGCCCCGGCCUGGCGCCUGCAUCACGGCCCGGGUGCGCCACGGCGGCUUCAACUCCUCGCAGGACCUGCCCAACGUGGUGCUGGACUUCGUGAAGCUUCACCCGCUGGUGUGGGAGGAGGUGGGGCCGGCCGGCGGUGCCCCGCUGCUGCUCAAGAAGGGCGCGCGCUACACCCGCGUGGUCGCCGACCGCGUGCCCGCGCUGGACGGGCUCCUCUACGACGUGCUCUUCCUGGGCACCGGUGAUGGCUGGUUGCAUCGGGCCGUGGUCGUGGGUUCCAGCGUCCACAUCAUCGAGGAGCUCCAGGUCUUCAAGGACCCGCAGCCCGUGGAGAACCUGGUGAUCUCCCAGGUCCAGCGGAGCGUGUACGUGGGGGCGGCUGACGGCGUCGUGCAGCUGCCCCUGGCUGCCUGCGCCCGCUACGGCUCCUGCUACGAGUGUGUCCUGGCCCGGGACCCGUACUGCGCCUGGGACGGUGCCCGCUGCGCCCACCUGGAUGGUGCCCCCCACAGGGCGCGGCUGGUGCAGGAUGUGCAGCGCGGCAAUGAGGGCUGCGGGAACGACUCCAACCCGGCCGUGGCAGCGCGGAAGACGCGGAGGGUGCUGCGCGGGGACGACGUGCUGCUGCCCUGCGACCAGCCCUCCAACCUGGCGCGGGCCGUGUGGCGGGUGAACGGGUCCGUGGCGGCCACGCCGGGCACCCACUUCCGCGUGGGUGUGGACGGGCUGCUGGUGACGGGCACCCUGCCCGAGCACAGCGGGGACUAUGCCUGCUAUGCCGAGGAGAACGGGCUGCACUCGCUGCUGGCCGCCUACGCCCUGGCUGUGCUGCCCACGCCGCCCUUGUCCCCGCCGAUGCCCUCGGCGCCCCUCGUGCCCCGUGCCGCUGGCCAGGCCUUGCCCGACCCGCGCUUCCUCUACAUCGCGGCCAUCACCGUGCUGGGCGGGCUGUGCCUCGUGCUCAGCACCGUGCUGCUCUACGUGGCCUGCCUCCAGCGCCGCCGCGGCAAGUACGUGCUGGGUGACCCACGGGCGGCCACGGUGGAGCUGCAGACGGUGUCGGCCGGCUGCCUGGCCAAGAGCCGGGACGCGGCGAGGGACGACGGCUGCUUGCAGAUCAUCCCUGGCGAGGCGCCGCCGCCCGCGCCCCCUCCACCUCCGCCGCCCCCGCCGCCCGCCGAGACGCCCAACGGGCUGUCGGCGCUGCCCAGCGUCCUGCGCAAGAUGAACGGCAACAGCUACAUGCUGCUGCGGCAGCAGGACGAGCCCAGCACCGCCGCGCCCCUGUGCCCCAGCUCCUUCGCCGAGGAGCUCAGCAAGAUCCUGGAGAAGCGCAAGCACUCGCAGCUGGUGGAGAAGCCGGACGAGAGCUCCGUCUAGGGGCCCCCCAGGCCCCCCCUGGCUCGGGCGCCGGCCCCCGCUGCCCCCCGGGGUGUUCCCAGACUGGUCGCCGGACACUAAGGAGACUUGAGUUGCUCUCUACAAGCCCGGGGCGGCCGGCGGACAGUGGGAGAGGACCCGUGGGGAGGGGGGUGACUGUGCUGGGGCCAGAGCUGGGUGCCAGGCCGGGGCCGCCAAGCUGCGGGAGAGCCGGGAGGCGGCUCGGCUGAGCAGAGGCUGGUGCUGGGCUGGGAGCCGGCCGCCUCCGUGGACCAGCAGGGCCUGGGCCCCGAGUGCGGAGGCCCCGGUGGGCGCAGGGCCGGAGCCCGAAGAGAGGACAGCACUGAGGGGCCGCAGCGUGGGACCCUCCUGCCCAGCGCGGUGCUGCUCACUCCCUGCCCUGGGCCGUCAGGGCCCUGCCUGGGACAAGAGGGCCCGAGGGAGGGGAGGGGGCCAUGCCACGGUCUGCGAGUGCAGGAGGGGGCCGGCAGACAUCCUCGGGGGACCCCAGCAGGCCCUGUCUCCUCGUCAGCAAUAAAUGCGGAUGUGUCUGGA